GUCGAUACCCAGGCUUAUCCCCUUCCCUCCCCUCCCCGCCUCCCCGCGAGAUCGGUGUGCAGGCGUGCCAGCGCCUCCACCCGUCUGACGGUGACGGCCUGACGAGCGAUGCGCUGGGCAGGCCUCAGUCGGCACGAGUUCCUCUCAGCCGGGCGCCCCUAGCAGCUCACGGCCCGACCAUCUGGCAGGUAGCCGGCGGCGGAGCAGCAGUGCCUUCUCCUCGACGGGCAACACGCCCACACGGCAACAAGGCCCGCUCCUUCGGCACCGCAACCCAUCUCCUCCCUUCGCUCCCCCAGCGCCCGCCGCUCUCCACGCGGUCGGCCCGCGCGCCGCCCUCCACGCUCCCCUGCCCAGCUGCAGCUCGAGUCCGGCUGGUGCGGCAGCACCCUCCCUUCCCACGGCUUCUCUGUUCUUUCUCUCGGCCUCGGUCUUCCUUUCCUAGCGGCGACGAAAGGGCGAGUUGCGCUGCCCAUUGUUCGUCGAGCGACGGGCGCUUCGCCGGCGACGAACAUCCGACAGGGUUUGUUCUCAUUGCAGUUGGCCCUUUUUCCUUCAUAAAGGACAAUGGGAGCAUCCGUGGCAACUGGUAUGCAGAUGCUGGCCGUGCGCCCAUGCAUCCCAGCCUGCAAACAGGUGCUUGGUUCGACAUCAGCGCUAUCUGCAUUUGGAAGGGCACUUAGUACCAGAACUGGCUUUGCCAGCUGUUCCAAACCCACAUCAGUGGGGCCAAUGACUUCUUCAAAUUGUAAGAGGGUUAUUGUGAGGGCAAUGUCUCAGAGAGGUUCCCAAGGGCUUCCCAUUGAUCUCACAGGCAAAAGAGCAUUUAUUGCUGGAGUUGCUGAUGAUAAUGGUUAUGGUUGGGCAAUUGCUAAGGCUCUUGCUGCAGCUGGUGCUGAGAUUCUUGUUGGUACAUGGGUGCCUGCGUUGAACAUAUUUGAGACAAGCUUGAGACGUGGAAAGUUUGACGAAUCACGGAAGCUCCCUGAUGGAUCUCUUAUGGAGAUCGCUAAAGUAUAUCCACUGGAUGCAGUUUAUGACACUCCUGAGGAUGUUCCUGAAGAUGUAAUGCUCAUCGUUUAUGAUGUCUUCGUUGUCAUUUCCCUUUCAUGCUUUAUGAGCCUUUUGUUCAUGUUGCAGGUUAAAACCAACAAAAGAUAUGCUGGAGCUUCAAACUGGACUGUUAAGGAAGUUGCUGAAACUGUGAAGAAUGAUUUUGGCAGCAUUGACAUCCUCGUGCACUCUCUUGCUAAUGGUCCCGAAGUAACAAAGCCUCUGUUGGAGACAUCAAGGAGAGGAUAUCUUGCUGCAAUUUCAGCAUCUAGUUAUUCCUUUGUUUCUUUACUUCAACACUUCCUUCCCAUAAUGAAUCCAGGAGGUGCUAGUAUCUCCUUGACCUACAUAGCUUCUGAGAGGAUAAUUCCGGGCUAUGGUGGUGGUAUGAGUUCAGCAAAAGCAGCACUCGAGAGUGAUACAAGAGUUCUUGCGUACGAAGCAGGUCGAAAAGGCAAAAUCAGAGUAAACACAAUAUCAGCAGGUCCACUGGGAAGCCGGGCUGCGAAAGCUAUCGGAUUCAUCGAGAAGAUGAUAGAGUAUUCCUAUGUCAAUGCACCACUGCAAAAGGAGCUAUUGGCAGCGCCAUUACCUACUCGACAGCUGAAGUUGGGAACACAGCAGCAUUCCUCGUGUCUCCGUUGGCGUCUGCAGUCACUGGCUCGACUAUCUACGUUGACAAUGGGCUCAACACAAUGGGACUUGCACUUGACAGCCCUACUUUAUCCACAUAAGAGGCCCUCGGCUUUGGAAUUAGUUUAAAGGACGGUAGAUUUUGCAGGAAAUUGAGUUUAGGCUUUGGAAUUAGUUUAGAGGAUGGUAGAUUUUGCAGGAAAUUGAGUUUAUUGUUUGCAUUAAUUUGAACUAUCAGUUGCCAUUCGGGAAUAGAAUUGUAGGAUGCAGUUUAUGGGUCCAUUGUAAUGCUAGGGUUUAUUUUUUUCAGGGAACUGAGCUAUCUUUGCUGUCUUCAGCAUCCGUUCGUGCAAGUAAAUCGUCCAAGGUCUGGACCUUUGUGGUAAA